CUAGGUUAAGCCCUAGUUCUCUCUCUCGCGAUGGCGGAGGCGGAAGUAGAUCCAUUCGCCGAGAAGCCGCAGCCGAGAGAGGUCUGGGAACCCGCGGAAGAGGAGAAUUUCGAUGAAGUUCGCGAGUCUGUGGAGGGCAGGAUGGAUGUCAAUAUCCCCAAUCCCAUCACUCAGAACACACCUCUGCUCAUUGCCAUCAAAAAUCGAAACGUGGAAAUGGCGAAGUAUCUUAUCAUCAGGAACUCCGAUGUUAAGAUGCAAAAUGCCGUUGGCGAUACUGCUCUUCACUGGGCGGUAAGUGUGCUAAUGAACUCUAGAUCACUCUUUCGCGAUCUUUCAGGCAUUGAGAGGAGACGAAGAACUCGUCAAGAUGAUAAUCAUCAAGAUGGCGGAAAUAAACGCUGUAGGCGAGUGUGGGAACACUCCUUUGCAUCUUGCUUGCAGCCGGAACCAUGUACAAAUCGCCAAGAUCUUGAUUUUGGCCAGGAGGGUGCCUCUGUGACUCAUAGAAAUGACUACGGCAACACUCCUGUACAACUGACAACGAACAACACUAUCCGGCAAAUGAUCAAACUUGUUACAGACAAGGGAGAGGCUGGACGUGAGCAAGUGAAAGCCGCGGAGCGAAACAGAUUAGCGCAAGAGAAAGCACACAAAGAGCAGCAACGCUUGAAGCAACUGGAGGCUGAAGCAAAGAAGAGAGAUCAAGAUGCUUACGACUGGAGAAGAAGAGAGGAGAUCCUUGCAGAAGAGGUUUACGCUCACAUGCAACACUUGAGAAAGCUCGCAUCGAAGCCGAGCUCCUCGAGCAAGAGCGUCUCAAGAACGAGAAGAAAUCCAAGAAGAAGAAGAAGAAGAAGAAACAAUGAGAAAGAAUCGCAUUCGUCACAGAAAAAAAAAGUGAUGGGACAGUACUAUAAAGGGCCCGUGAAAAUAAAUCUCUCAAUUAUACUUUUAGGGUUCUUCCGUUGGGGCGGUCGAUCCUUUCGCUCCCUCCAGCUCGCUGCUGGAUCGCGCAGGCGCUGGGAUGGCUCUAGUUCCCAGGAAUUUCCGGCUGCUCGAGGAGCUGGAGAGAGGGGAGAAGGGCCUUGGCGAUGCGUCUGUGAGCUUGGGCAUGGAUGACAGUGACGAUGUGUACAUGUGUUCGUGGACUGGCACAAUUCUGGGGCCUAGCAAUUCUGUUCACGAAGGACGCAUUUAUCAACUUAAGUUGUACUGCGACAAAGACUAUCCGGAUAAGCCACCAAGUGUGCGAUUCCAUUCGCGAAUCAACAUGACUUGCGUUAAUCGCGAGACUGGAGCUGUGGAACCCAAGAAUUUUUCUUUGCUCUCGAACUGGCGACGCGAUAACACCAUGGAGGACAUACUGAAGCAGCUCAAGCGUGAGAUGGGAGCUUCUCACAACAAGAAGCUGCAGCAGCCGCCCGAGAAUACUUUCUUCCAUCAUUGACGUCGUCUCUUUCCCCGUUCUUCUCGAAGGCUUCUUUUUUUUUUCCAUCAGUGGUAUGCCGGUCGUCUCUCCCGGACCGGGCCUCUUCUACUGUUGGUACUCAAAUGUAAUGUAGUAUGCUCCUGAAUACAGGUUUAUGCUUCUUCUUCCCCGUU